GACCUCUCUGGGAGUCGCGGUACAUUGUGGGAAGCUUCGCUGAUGGCGGGGCCCGUAAGGCUGACUGGAUUAGGGGUGGCGAGGGGCUGGCGGCGGUUCGAGGGCCCCUGGACCCGUAGCCUGGGUUCUCGCAGCUUGGCCCUUGCGGCCGCACCCUCGAGCAGCGCGUCUCCAUGGCGCUUGCUGGGCGCGUUGUGCCUGCAGCGGCCACCGCUGGUCUCGAAGCCGCUGACCCCAUUGCAGGAAGAGAUGGAGGCUCUGCUACAGCAGAUCGAGAUAGAGAGAAGCCUGUAUUCAGAUCAUGAGCUUCGUGCUUUGGAUGAAGCCCAGCAACUGGCAAAGAAGAAAGGUGACCUUUAUGGUGAAGAAGAUGAGCAGAAUAUAUUGCUGUUACAGGAUUUGGAAGACACGUGGGAGCAGAAAUUCCUACAGUUCAAACCUGGAGCUCGAAUAACAGAAGCCGAUGUAAAGAAUGACCGAACCUCACUGCACCGGAAGCUAGACAGGAACCUCAUUCUGUUGAUCAAAGAGAAGCUUGGAGACCAGGACGUUUGGAUGCUGCCCCAGGCAGAGUGGCAGCCCGGAGAGACCCUCCGCCGAACAGCUGAACGAACCCUGGCCACACUCUCAGAGAACAACAUGGAAGCCAAGUUCCUGGGAAAUGCACCCUGUGGCCACUACAAGUUCAAGUUCCCCCAGGCAAUGCGGACAGAGAGCAGCCUCGGGGCCAAAAUAUUCUUCUUCAAAGCACUGCUGCUAACUGGAGACUUUUUCGAGGCUGGGAAGAAGGGCCAUCAUGUGUGGGUCAGUAAAGAGGAGCUGGGUGACUAUUUGAAACCAAAAUACUUGGCCCAGGUUAGGCGGUUUCUCUUGGAUCUCUGAUGGACAAUGCUCAGACAGGUCUGCAAUCGGGCCUCAAGGACGUUGGGUUGCCUCUUCUCUGCAGGGAAUAUCAAGCAGCAAACUAAAUUCUGAGAAAUAAACAAGUUUAUCAUUG